AUGCCUAUUAUAAGUCCAAAUCUAGCUCGAUUAUUUUUUUUUCCAAGUUAUGGAUAUACGCAUCUUUUAACAUAUCUUGGUAUUCGAAAUGGUUAUGAUAAAAUUGAUAAUACAGUUUAUGUUGGUAUAUUACCAACGAUUGCAAUGCAAAAAUAUUUAAUUGAACAUGAAAAAGUUAAUGCUGUUAUAUCGAUGAACGAAGAUUAUGAAUUAACAUAUGUUUCUGAUCAAAGUCUUUGGGCUAAACAUGAGGUUCAACAUUUACGUUUACCUACUGUAGAUUUUUCAAAUCCACAAGUUGAAAAUCUUUUUCAUGGCGUUGAAUUUCUUCGAACAGUACGUCAAGCAAAUAAAACAGCAUAUAUACAUUGUAAAGCAGGUCGUCAACGAAGUGCGAAUUUAGCUGCAUGUUAUUUAAUUGAUACAUAUGGUAUGACACCUGAAGAAGCUGCUCGUCGUAUACGUUCAAUCCGACCAAGUACUAUAUUUGGUGCACGUGAAAUGAAACGUUUACAUGAUUUUAUGAGUGUUUUAUCAACAAAAAAGAAAAAUGUUUAUAUUGAUAGAAUAAAUGAAAGUUUAUUAUUAUUCAAUCGAAAUAUUGAUAAAUUUAAUGAACUUCUUAAUAUAUUAAGUCAAUUGAUUGAUGUAGCAACAGGUCAAAUUAAUGAUAUAGAAAAAACACUUGGAAACAAUGAUGAUGAUGAUGAUGAUGAUGGUGAUGAAAAUGAAGAACAACAAAUGACAUCUGAUAGCGAAAGAGAAUUAAUAAUUGGAGGAAAAUUAUGUGAAUUAAACGAAGAUUUAAAUACUUCUUCACGUGAACUUCGGCAAUCAUGGAGUACACUUGAAAAACAAGGUGCAGCAAUAUCAAAAUCAGUCUUUCAAUUACCAAAAUUUGUUCAGCUUUUUCUUGAUACAACUAAAACUGAUGCUGAUUUCAAUGAUCCAUAUUUUCGUUUUGAAAUGGUUCAUUUUAGUGAACAAUUUCCUAUUGCUGGGCAAUUUUAUUAUGAAUUAUGUCUUGAAAUUCAAGUCAAUUUUCUUGAUUUAUCAAGUAUGAAAUCUAUUAAACAUUUAUCAACUGUUUUAGAAUUACUUUCUUCUCGUUUACCUUCAAUUUCAGGUACUAAUUUAAUAACAAAUAAUUUUUUUAUCUCAUGUAAUAUUAUGACAAAUUUCUUAUUUAAACAUCUACAAACACUUGCUAUUGCAAGUGUAACAUUAACAUCAUCGUAUUUUGUAUUUUAUCAAGAUAAUAAUCAAAUAAGAAAUCGUUUGAUUUCUUUAUUAAAACUUCAAGCAGCUGAAUAUGAACGAAGAAAUGUAGGACUAUCAUCUUCACGAAGUCGUUUCAUGGAACGAAACAAGGAUAAUAUUGAUGAUGACGACGAUGAUGAUGAUGAUGAUGAUGAUAAUGAUGAGAAUAAAGAUGAAUCUGAUAAAACGAAAGAAAAUGUAUCAAAUAUGCGUGAAAAACGUUUUCGAGAGUUUGCUUCCGUUGAAUAUAAUGAUGAAAUAUAUAUGACACCAUUGGAUUUUCUUGAAUCAGUUAUAACCGAACGACCAAGACCUCGUAUUGGUCGUCGACAUUUAACUGAAGAAAAAAUUGAUUCAAUCUUAUAUGGUACACCACCAAAACAUCGAGGUUCAAAAAGAUUUUUUCGUAACCUUGAAGAUGCUGGUCUUAUUUCGUUUUCGGAAUAUUUAUUUCUUUGGGUGAUUUUAACAAAACCGCAUACACAAUUUGAAAUUGCAUUUGCAAUGUUUGACACAGAUGGUAAUAUUAAAAUCAUUUCAUUAUUACGAUUAAAUAAAAAUAACUUGAGUAAUCAAUUGGUUGAUAAACAUGAAUUUCUUGUGCUUGGAAAAGUAAUGAGUGAUAAACGUAUGUCGCGUCGACAAACAUCAAAAUCAAUGACGAAAAAUUUAAGUGGUUCUAAUGUACAAGAACAUAAACAAACUGAUACAACAUUACUUUUACAUUUCUUUGGAAAAAAUGGCCGUGAUACAUUAAAUUAUACAGAAUUUAAACGUUUUAUGGAAAAUCUUCAAUUAGAAGUACUUGAAAUUGAAUUUAAUGAAUUUUCACAUGGAUUUAAAACAAUAUCUGAUUUGGAUUUUACCGAAAUACUUUUACGAUAUACAGAUUUUGAUCGUGAUACGAAAAGAAUUAUUUUAAAGAAGGUUAAAAAAACAGCUAGUGAUGCAAAUGGUAUUACAUUUGAUCAAUAUAAGCAAUUCUUUACAUUUCUUAAUAAUCUUGAAGAAUUCAGUAUUGCCAUGCGUUUUCAUCAAUUAUCAAAUAAACCAAUUUCACAAGCGGAAUUUCAACGAGCUGUCAAAAUUUCUACUGGUUUUGAGCUUGAUACAGAAGUAAUUGGUCUUAUUUUUCGAAUAUUCGAUGCUGAUGAUGAUCAACAUUUAAGUUACGAUGAAUUUAUGGCUGUUAUGAAAGAUCGAUUAUCUCGUGGCUUUCAGACAUCUGAGUAUGCCGAUGUAUCGGGUACAAAAUUUGAACAAUUUAAACGUUGUUUCCGUGAACGGGCCAAAUGUAAACAUCUCGUGAAUAUGGAUAAUGAGUUAAAUUUAUUACGAGUACCAUACCCUGACAAAAGUGCUAUCGAACAACAACAACAACAUGAAAAAAAUACUGAUAUUGAUGCAUAUUUAUCCUCAUCAUCAACUUCAUUAUCUGAAAUAGACGAUGAACAUAAACAACAAUCAAUUGAAACACCAGUAACUACGAUUAAAAAGAAACGUACUAAAUGGCAUGUAUAUGAUACAGUAGCCAAAUUUUUAUUAAAAAAUCGUUUUUAUUUAACUGCUUUGGAAUUUUAUACUGAAUUAUUAGAAAAUGGAUAUGAUUUACCACGUUUACGUGAAUAUUUUUCUAAUCCUGCUAAUUUCGAAGGUUCAUCUUCAACAACAAUAAAUAAACAAUCAUCAUUCAUUCGUAAUCUUAGUCAUUAUGCUGAUGAUGCUAUUUCUCUUGGAGGUGGUGGCGGUGGUGGAAACGGAGAUUAUCUUUUUCGAACAUCAAGUAGUCAAACAUUUGAUUCAACUUCAAUCGAUAAUAUAACUCGUUAUUCGGAAGAUAUUGAUUGGAAUAAUGGUAAUGGUAGUAGUGGACCAAUAAUGAGUGGUAGUGGAUUUGGUGAAUUACGUUUUAAUGAUGAACGUGUUGCUGUAUUAGAAUUUGAAUUAAGAAAAGCACGAGAUACUAUACAAGAAUUACGACAAACAUUGACUUAUGAUUCAGCAGAUGAACAACAACAACAACAGAAUAAAAAACCAGAUGAAAGAAAUGGCAAAUAUCAAAUUAAUUCAUCCUCGUCGAAUUCCACACAACCAUUAAUACCAUCAGGAUUAGCUGUUCGUCCAUUUGAACGUCGUACAUUAAAUUAUUUAAUUAAUGAAUAUCUUCUAUCAAAUAAUUAUAAAGUAACAAGUGUAACUUUUGGAGAAGAAAAUGAUACAUCAGAUUUAGAAGAUUGGGAUAGUGUUGGUUUAAAUUGUGCUCGACCACCUGAUUUAAAUCAAUUAUAUCGGUGGUAUUGCCAUCAAUUAAAUGUUGAUAAUGAAAAACCAACGAAAGAAGAUUUUUCAAUGUUAGUUAAUUUUGAUGAAAAUAUUCAUGAUGAACAUAAAAAUCUAAAAACAACUGUACAACAAAUGCAAUUUGAUUUAGUUGAAUAUAAUAAACGAAUUAAUCAAAUUGAAGAUGAAAAAUUAAAUCUUAAUAAUGAAAUCCAAUGCUUAGAACAUGAAAAGAAAAAUCUUUUAAUACAAUUACAAGUUUUACAAAAUCGUUUAACAUCCGAUGAACCAACAACUGAAAUUAAAAUCGAAGAUGCAAUACAAUUAAAUUCAUCUAGACAAUUACCACAAGUUUAUCGACGUGCAUUCGAACGUCAAUCAUUAUCUUAUAAUAUUAAUGAUGAUAAACUAGAUGAUGAUAUUGAAAUAAAUCAUGAUUAUGAACAAAAAACAUUUGAAGAUAUUAUUCAAGAAUUAAAUACACUUUCAUUAGAUCAAACAGAUUUAUUAGAUUUAAUUGUACGAACUAUUACAAAGAUUAGUUCACAUUUGAAUGGAUCGAGAAAAUUAGAUCUUGUUCCAUUAAUAAUUUGUACAUCCAUAUUACAUACAAAAACGAAUGAACGUGAUCGUCUACUUAAAACACUAUUUAAUUUAUAUAAAAAACCUUCAUAUAAUCAACGACAAGUUAUAUUAUAUGCUUGCCUUUGUUUUGCUAAACAAAGUGGCCCAUUACGUGUACAUGCAGAAUUAUUACCACAAUGUUGGGAAAAUUUAAAUAAUAAACUUGACGAAAGACGUUGUCUUGUUGCAGAAGCAUGCGGUAUUUUAACACCACAUUUACCUAAAGAUAUUCGUGUUAGUUUAAUAUUUUCUAUGUUACAACAAAUGCUUGCAGAAGAUAAAUGUGAUCAAGUACGUUGUGUAUGUAGUAAAAGUUUAGCAAUGGUUAUUAAUGAAAUUGAUGAUGAAUCUCGAUUAUCUCAAUGUAUUGAAUUACUUGAUAGAUGUUUAUCUGAUACAUCCGAUGUUGUUCAAGCAACCAAACGAUAUUUAUUACCAUCAAUUGCUCUAUGGUGUCUCGAAUUAAAUAAGAUUUGUCAAGUUUUAAUUGAACAUUAUUUAGUUAAACUUGAAGCACUUGUACAAAAUAUUCCAACUCCAUCAUCAAUUGAUAAUCAACGCUUUAAUCAAUUAAUGCAUAUAUUAACUGAUUUAAUUGUAUUUAUUUUUGCAUCCGCUUUAAAAUCUAUGACAAUUACGAAUGAUCUUUCUCAAAUGAAUUCAUCAACACGUAUAUUACCUGAUACAGCAUUAUCAGAAUUUUAUCAAUUACAUAUAAUUUUAUCUCCAAUAAGUGAAAAAUUACUGAGUCAUUAUGAUGAAUGUGCAAUUAACGGAGAAUUUCCAUUUACUGAUCAUAUUAAUACAUAUUUAGAUAAUUUUUUAAAACGUUCAUUUGAUACAAUGGCAUAUAUUGACAUAACCAAUGUGAAGUUAGUUCAUGCAUGUAGUGAAUUUAUUAAAAUGAUAAGUCGUUAUUUUGGAAGAAAUUUUUGGAAAUUAAAAAUUAAACCACUUUAUACAACAACUAAUUCAUCCGUAUCGCAAGAUGAAGGUCCUCGUAAAGAAGCUCCGUUUGUUCUCUAUGCUACCGGUGUAUUAUGUUCUUGGACAACAGAACAAGAACGAGCAGAAUUAACUCAGUAUAUAUAUGAUGCACUUCUUCUUAUUGCAAAUCAAAAAUUAACUAUAAAUACUUUGCAAGCAAUAUAUGCAGAAAUUGGAUCUGAUAUUAAUUUUCAAGAUAAUUUAUUAAAUAUUCUUCGCGAUUCGUUAACUAAUACAAAUUCCCAAAUUCGUCUAUAUACUUUGCAAUUGUUUAGUAUUACAUUAACACUUGUUAAUCAUUCGACUAUAUCCAAUAAGAUCUUGCCAGCUUUAAUUACGCUUGCAUCUGAUGAAGAUAUUAUUGUUAGAACAGCAACUAUACCAGUAUUUGGAUCAAUUAUCGUUGAAUGCUCAGAGUCUGAAAUCCUUGAACGAGUUUAUGCUCAAUUUCAAAUGUUUGAUAAUGAUACAACAUUUCGUGAUGAACAUCGUGUUCAAAGUGAAUUUAUAAAAACUUUUACUCAAAUAGCACCACAAACUGAAAAUAAAUUUCGUGAAGAUUUUAUAUUACCAUUUCUAGCAUUAAUUGCUUCACAAAAUUCUCAACAGCAAUCAGAACGUGGUUCAGCAAAACGUCUUGAAAUUGCAACUUAUUUAUUUGAAGCAUAUAGUGCAUUAUCAUGUUGUUUUCAUUCUGGUCAAUCGAUAUUAAAUAGUUUCUUACCUGGUCUCUAUUGUUUACGUGUUGAUUUUGCACAAUUAAGACCUGAUAGUGUUGCUGUAUUAGAUUCAAUUAUUAAAGAUCUUGAACAUAAACUUGAACAAUAUAGACAAGAUAGUUCGUUAUUAAUUGGUGGUGCAAGUCUUAAUCAAGAAAAUAUUCGAGGGCGAAUGCUCAAAGGGUUAACUAAUAUUCGAGAUUCAACGGAAAAAUUAACUUAUCGAUUUAUGAAAAAGAAAUAG